GUGACGUGCCCACCAUAUGGCCUGGCAUCAGAGCAGGUAGGCUAUGUAACGUUGCCUGCAAGGGAUACCGCACCGAUUCGCUGCAGUCCGGAAAAGGGAUAAAUCGUAUCGGAUCAAAAGACAAUUGAGCUUCUCUUUUUCUUAAUCUUUUUAGCGUAGUAGGGAACUAUAGCGCGGAGAUGGUGUAGAUAUACGCGCCCUCAUCCAUAGAGCACCACAAACUAGUGCCGCUGCCAUGUUGACUAGAUUAUUCAACGAACCUUCACUGCUCCCGGACAUGCAGAAAUUCGGGGGGUGGGUGGAUGACAGCGGGAGCGAGGACUCCAAAAUCAAGGACGAGGAGCAGGAGCGCUGUCACCUAGGCGACGAGGACUUGGAAGACGGCGAUGUGAAAGACGGGAGCAGCCGGGCUCAGUCAGAAAUUGCAGGGGAGGAGGACGAUGAUGAGGAUGUUGGUGAAGAUGAUUGUGGAGAUGACGGGGACGGAGACAGGCCAAAAAAACGUGGGCCAAAAAAACGCAAAAUGACACCGGCUAGGUUAGAGCGCUCAAAAGUACGGCGACAAAAAGCAAACGCAAGAGAGCGCACACGCAUGCACGAUCUAAAUUCAGCACUGGACAAUCUACGCAAGGUCGUACCAUGCUAUUCAAAAACUCAGAAACUCUCCAAAAUUGAAACACUAAGGUUGGCGAAGAACUACAUUUGGGCGCUGUCAGAAAUCCUGCGGAAUGGAAAGAGACCGGACGUGGUUUCCUAUGUACAGACACUGUGCAAAGGCCUCUCCCAACCCACGACCAAUCUGGUGGCUGGGUGCCUCCAACUUAACUCAAGGAAUUUUCUAAUGGAACAAUGUCAAGAGGGAGCGCGCUUUCACUUACCUAACCCCUCGUUCUCAAUGCAUGCAUUUCCGUACCAGUGCUCCCGUCUGCAAAGCACACACUGUCAGUCCGGGUCCAAUGCACAUAGCCUCCGAAAUCACUCUUUCUGUUCGGCCUAUGAGGCUCUGUACACCGAAAGCACGUCCCCAGAAUACAACAGUCCAGAUUACGAGAGUCACCACAGCCCUCCGAUGUGUGUAAGUGGUAACUUUGCUUUAAGACAACAGGAUUCACUGUCACCAGACGCGGAAAGAGGUUAUCAAUAUUCUAUGCAUUACACCAAUCUGCAAGGCUCACGUUCCUCCGCUAGUCAUGGUCUUGCUUACGGCCCAACAGGAACUCGCAGCGGCAGCGCUCACUCAGAGACUUCCACCCUUGCACCGUUUCAUGAUGUACAUGUGCACCAUGAUCGUGCGCCUCCAUACGAUGAACUCGACGGCUUUUUCCACAAUUAGGUGAUUUUCCAUGUUAAUGAAAAAACCCGGCGUGGAAAAGGAAAAUGCAUUUCUACCUUCUAAACGGUUCCUCCCGAAAUCAGGUAGUACUGCUCAUCACAUAAACAUUUGAGUUCAAAGAGCUUAUUUCUUUUGUGAUUAAGGCAUUGAUGUUUUAAGUCCAGAAGGUAAAAGCCAACAAGGAGACAAAAGGCGCUCCCUCCUUAAACUCGACCACAGCCGAGGUGAUCUUAAGCGGCGUCCAGAGGCCACGGGCUGGCACGAAAGCUUGGGACUCAGGAGACAUGCGCUUGCCAAUUCGCUAAAUGUCUUAGCGUCAGUGCGCAGGGCCAGCGGGGCAGCCCACCACAGCGAUGCCAGCUGCGCCGUGUGCCAAGCCUGGCCAAAACUGCAAUGCUGGGUGGAGACGGUGUUUCUUUCUUAAUUCAGCAGCAUCUGUUCAUUACUUCAUAUUUUACAGGGAAGAAUGGUUCAACUAUAUGCUGGCAACUGAAACGGCAAAGCCCAACUAUCGACACUGCACCGUAUAACAGUUGGAACAAACACGUAAUACUAUAUACUAAUUCAUCUGAUACAUUUUAAAUGAAUAAUAAUGUAAUGUAGCUAAAGAUGUUGUGGAGAGAAACAAUAUUCUAGAAUUAAAGCUAUUCUUAAAAUAAAAUGGAAAACGAAAUUGCAUCACAGUGUCAAGUGAUCAGCCAAUGUACUAGCCUGUAAGAAAUGAAGAUAAAUGUUUGAAAUAGUUAUUACAGGACAAAAUAUAAAGUAUUAUGUGAAAAACAGAUUUCACUUACUUAAUCUUUAGGUUUAAAUAAAAGCAAACAUAUCUAUAUAAAUCUAUUAUCAAUAAAAAUAAAAUAAUAAACUCAUUAAUUACAAUAAGUAUUACGUUUAAAAAAUAUAACACCUAUAACAACAUGCCACUCAAACUUCGACUGACUAAAUAUACCAAAUUGUGAUAUUCAGAUGAAAUUACAAAAUUCUAAAGUGCUGAGUUGAGAUUUUGUUCCAUCAGAGAUCAAGAGAAAAAAAAAAUGAUAAUGUGGGGAAAACACCUUGCCCCAUCUUAACUAUUAACAGCAAAACUUAAAAAUAUUUAAAUAAAAAAAUGCAUCACUUAAUGACUUAAUAACAUUAAUUGCAUCUGAUUAUUUAUGAUAGCAAAUAAUGUUGUUUUCUAAUCUGGGAUAUUAAUAUAUUUGGAUUUCAGAACACCUAGUAUCAAAUUUACCCUCAUGAUAUUUAAUGAAUUGAAGCUUUCUCUGAGACAGAUUUGGGUACAGUGUGCAAUGUACUUGGUGUACAACUUAUGUAAAAACCUUUAACAUUUAUCUUUAAAACCAACCGUCAGACUCCACUUUUAAAUCAAACGUGGGUGACAUGCAGUAACUGUGUUCAUUGUACCAUUUUCUGCAUACCAGCCACACCCCAGUAGUGCCUGUCAUGGAGGCUGGCACAGAUUGGCAUAGCUUAUCAAAAUUCCACAGCAUCUGUUCUCUAUGGCAGGGUGGCACUGCAGAGAAAAUGAGUGCAGAGAAGAGGAUAAAAAAGAUGUGAGAUCUUUUCUUUUUUUCAUACUUGGAAUAUACAUUUAUGUAAAUCAAUUUAAAUGCAUUUAUUCACAGUAAAAAAGUGGUCUUUUUUUCUUUCUAUCUCAUACUGUCUAUUAGAAUGUGAGUGGUCAGUGUUGCAACACAAAUAUAGGUGAUAGAAAAGUACAAUGAUCUCCCUUUUAUAGUGCCAUAGUGUGUUUUCCCUUUCAUAAUUGAGCGUUUACAGCAUAGUGUUCAGUGUGUGUUUAUAUCUUGAGUACAUAUGAGUGCUUUGUGGUUGUUGCUUUUCUGCACAGAUGGCAUGUGGUUGGGGGAGGGUGGCGGGGGGAGUAGUGGGGUACGGGUUUUCUGAUGAUGCCAUGCAAUGGUCACAUGGGCAUCAGUAAUUGGGUGCCAUAUUGCCUGGUUUGCAGGGCUCUGGGGUAGCCAGUCACCCAGCUGGACCUGUCAGAUGGCAUUGAAUCCAGCUCACUACCCUUGUAUCCCUUGUUCUCUGUCUCUCUGUCUUUCUCUCACUUUUAAAUUUUUAAACAGACUGUCACUUUUCUUGCCUUACAUUCAUUUGAGCCUUUGGUACACCUGUCCUCAUAUUUUUCAUCUUCAUAGCAAUUAAUGUGUUAAGACGAAGAACAAAGAAAGGAUCUAUUGAAGAAACACUUCUCACUUAACUGUUAUAAAGAAUUGAUUUUGAUAACAAUAAUUUUAAUCAGCCAAGAACUCAGAAGAUCAAGACUUGUAACUUUUUUUCUUUGACAGUAAGAUAACCCCACCACCCAAUUUUUUAUUAAUUGCUUAUUAUUAUGAUUAUGAUUAUUAUUAUAAAUAAUAUUUUUUUUUUUUGAUGGC